AUGACUGCUUCGGAUGUGAGCACGGCGCUUGAGAACAGUUUUCACCCAGGAAGGGAAGCAGACCAACACAACUCCUGGGCAGCGACUAGUGCUUACAGUCCUGCGUAUCUUCAUCCUAACGCGCAUACAUCACCUGCUACGGCUUAUCAACAACAUGUAAAUGCUCAUGGUGGAAGUCUUUCGGGUGUUUCUGCAGAGCAGGGAGCUUUUCCGUGGCCCUACAGCGCUGCUGCACUCGGAGGAUCUGCUCACAGUGCUGCAGCAUACAAUGCCGUUUUGCACCAGUAUGGAGGACACUUGCUUGGCGGCGGUCAUGGAUCUAGUCUGUUGCCACAACAGAUGCACCAGCACCAAGUACAACACGGUGCGACAAGUACAGCGUUAAUGCAUCAAAAUAUUUUAGCCCAGCAUUAUGAUACCACAACUAGUACUGGUGCCACUCUCGAUCCUGCUACACUUCAGACAACAAAUUACUCUCUUGGCGCCGCUGGAACUGCGAGCGUGCAUGGCCAACGACAUGGUGCAGCUCAUGAACAACACGGACAACAUGGUCAAGAGCAUAGUCAAGAACAUGGUCAAGACCCCAGAGAAGAACAUCAGCAACAGCCAGCGUCUCCCAGAAGCAAGGCGCUGUACGACUUGGCGACGCCACCACCUAGUGGCAAUCAGUAUCGCGUGGACGUCUUAAGCCAGAUUCACUCUGGCCAACUGCUGUUAGACGAAUGCGUGAUUGCGGAGUUUUAUGGAAACAGAGAAGAUUCAAACUCGUGAUGUGAUUGAGCAAUCAUGAUACCUGGAACGGUCCAGCCCGCGUACGUUAUAGUGAUUCAAAAAUUUUGACCGCUGCUGUUCUUGAUUCAAAAAUAUCGAGCAAAUUUUGGUGAUUAGUACUAGCGAAAAUACAGUGAACUGUGUCUUUCUCGAUUGUAAUCAAAAAUGAUGACAAAUAAUAGCAUUGUCUCCCCCGUCCCUUCAUUCCAUCGAGAAAUGGCGUGUUUUGCGCAUACCUGGAACGGUUCAGCCCGCGUACGUUUUCCGCGAUACUGGCGAAGUGACAGAUACUUUGCCACCUGAGUUGGCGAACAAUCCAGAUAUCAACUUCAGCGUGCUAGCGCAGCUGACUCCUUCACUGCUGAAAGACGAGCACGCUUUCCCGACUGUUGAUAUCAAUAGUGCUAGAGGUCCUCGUGGUGGAAAUAAUUAUAUGGCGAUGACUGGUGGAGGUGCAGGUGGAGGUGGAAGCAUCGGCGUUGGAGCAGCUGCCGCAGGGAAUGGUGCCUUUGGAGCAGCUGCCCCAGCUGUUUCCAACCCGCUUCUCAAUCCUGGUGCAACCGCAGCUACCACAACGAAUUCUAUGUUGAACGGCACUGCUGCUGCGACAAAUGGUGCGACGAUGUUAGGUGCGACGAGGACGACAAUGGGUGGUGCGAAUCCGCUGUUAAAUCCAACAGCACCAUUGGGCGCUAAUCCACUUGCCAACCCACUCGCUAAUCCGCUCGCUAAUCCUGCUUUGAAUCCGGUCUAUUCGUCGAGUAUGUACAGCUUGUUAUACUGGAAAAACUACAUGAGGCUGAUGGCGGAGCAGGGCUCGACGGCGAUAGGCAUUAUGGGAUUGUCUGUGAUGAAAUCACUUGUCGCUGUUGAUAGAUAUUGAGAUAGAAAAAUUUAGUUGAUUUUUUUUUCAGCGUCGAGUCUCUCUUUUGGCUCUCUACGUCCUUUUUCCCUCCUCCGCAUCUCCUCUUUGCCUUUUCAUGAUCUAGCAGCUAUCUUCGAGCAAUGGUCAGGUAGGCGUGCAACAGCACGGUAGCGGCCCUUCGCAACUGAACGCCUAUGAGCAAAUCUUACCCCUCACAGCCAUGGUUCCGAUAGGAGGGCGGUUUGCAUUGACAGAAUCUGAGGAACUUACGGAGUCUCAAUACGCAAAGUUUGCUUCGAGAUGGUCUUGUGGAUGAAGAACGUACUGAAAUCCUUCAAUCUCGUAUGGACGUCCCGUUUUCCUAUUUGGAUAGAAGCCCAGCGAAAUCUUCUUUCCCCAUCUAACAACCAAAAGCAGCUGAAAGAGCAGACCGAUAGUCUUUCUACCGAGAGAGCUCUAGUUCGCUAUCUAGCCAUGUCUGGGGCACCGAGUCGAAAAGAAUUGAACCUCUUGCAGAAGAUGUGCCAGCAACUAAGCAUCGAGGACGAAAAGGAGGAGGCAGUUCGGCAGCUGUUAACACGUGGAGUGAUAAACAACCGGCUGACAUACCUUCGACGCUUAAUCAAUCAAGGGUGGAGCAAGAAAUAAGUAGCCUACUUAGCAUUGACUUUUGAGUUUAGCAGUUUGUGAUGUCAGUGUGCAUGAUUCUCGGUGGCAUAUAAAUGUGCAUGAUUCAGCGUCUAAGAACGGUUUUUUUGUCAUAGAGAAGUCACUCAGUCGCUACAAUUUAUAGAAUUAGAGUUUCUAGGUGAAGAUUAGGAUCAACCUUCCUUCCGAAGGUAAGUCACCCAUGUCAAUCAAAUUGGCAAGACGAAGAUCUUCACGACGUUUUCAUAGACAUAAAGCUCGUCAUGUAAAACUCCUGUCAUAAAGAAGUCCCAACGACCCUCGUACUGGCCUUUCUGAGCGUAAAGAUAGUACGAGAGGAUGAUGCUCCGAUCUGGUAAAUCCAGAGAAAUGCUUUCCAUAUUGAAAAAAUGCUACCACUCAGCAAGCUCCAGAGUAAGGGUGUGCUUUUUUCACCAAGUUCCACAAGAAUCUACUACUUCAGCACGGAAAGUGAAAUCAUAAGAAGCUCGACACAAAUCCAACCAGCUCAACACAAAUUUAAUCAUGUAAUUCGUGCCAAAAAUUUCCACCAAGAAUAUGCUGUCAAGUUCUCACUUGUAAUGUGGCAUGUGUGAAAUGCAUGUCGUACUACUAUGUCACGCGAAAUGCAAUGCUGCAAGGUCAUCUCACCAAUUAUGUACGAGGUCUCUUUUCGAGGCACUGUCAUGAUC